AUGAGCUCUACAACCCCAAGCUCCCUUUCUCAUCGCGAGACUUGGCGUCUCCUCCUUCUCGCGGGAGCCUGUAUUGCCGUGUUGGUCAAUACCUUCCAAGGAGAUGGCGCACCGUUAGUGGCGUCGAUUGCCUUUAGUGGAAUUGUGUUCGCCGCCACGUACAGUCUGAUCAGAUGGCUAGGACCGGUGUUCAUCAAGGCAGGCCUCAAGGGGAGAGAUAUGGCGAAGCCAAGAAGACCCGAGAUUCCAGAGACUAUGGGAGCUGUAUGCGCCACUGUUUAUCUUCUGGCCUUGAUCUUCUUUAUUCCAUUUGCCUUUUACAAGGACAUUGUUGCCGCAACCUCCGGUGGCGGUAACCGAGAUGUUGUAUUAGAAGUCCAGCAUGUUGAGACUGGUCGGAUGCUACAUCGAUUUCCCCAUGGACGGCUUGCGUCCUAUCUUUCUGGACUCCUCUCUCUGCAAUGCAUCGUCAUUCUAGGGAUUGGUGACGACCUUCUUGAUAUCCGAUGGCGACACAAAGUCCUCAUCCCCGCAUUCGGAGCUAUUCCCAUGCUGAUAGUGUACUUCGUGGACUUUGGCGUUACUCAGGUAGUCGUUCCCGUGCCCUUGCAGCCGUAUCUGGGCCCUGUCGUCGAUCUGGGAUGGCUUUACUACGCAUACAUGGCGGCGGUGGCUAUCUUCUGCCCGAACUCGAUCAAUAUGUUAGCAGGGAUCAACGGCGUGGAAGUCGCCCAGUCUCUUGUGAUUGCCGUUCUGCUCAUCGUCAAUGAUGCGCUCUACCUCGCUCCUAUUACACCGUUCCCUCACCCAGCUACCGACUCACAUCUCUUCUCCCUCUACUUUCUACUUCCAUUCGUCGGGGUUUCCUUGGCCUUGUUGUUCCACAACUGGUAUCCCUCCAAGGUCUUCGUAGGGGACACCUACUGCUACUUUGCCGGGAUGGUGUUUGCUGUUGUGGGCAUUUUGGGACAUUUCAGCAAAACCCUCCUGUUAUUGUUCAUCCCUCAGAUCUUCAAUUUCCUAUACUCCACUCCACAGUUGUUCAAAGUGAUCCCCUGUCCACGACACAGACUGCCGAAGUUCAACGCCGCGACGGGACUCCUGGAUGCAUCCGUGACUGAGUGGAAUAUACCCCCGUCUCCGUUAAUUGCGGCUGCCUUGGAUCUGCUGCAUUCCCUACGGCUGGUGCGCGUUACGAAGAACGAGAAAGGCGAGAUUGUCGAAUCGACGAAUCUGACGAUCUUGAACCUGUGGCUGGUCUGGAUGGGGCCGAUGAAAGAGAAUCGAUUGGCGUGGAGCAUGGUGGGAGUGCAGGUGGUUUGUGGGUUGGCAGGUCUCUUUGUGCGACAUCGUCUCGCGUUACUGGUCUUCCGAGAAGACAAUCGGACAUUUGGAAUUGGUGUUUAG